AUGACCAGCAUAGUGUUACCGGAUUGUCGGCCAGAUUUUCGAGCAAAAAUCAUCGCCAAAUGGAUCGAUAUUGCCCGGGAGCUUCGUGCUUUGAAGAAUUUCUCGUCAUUGAAAGCGGUGCUGUCAAGUCUUCAGUCUGAACCAGUCCAUCGGUUAAAAUCAGCGUGGGCCCUCGUGCCAAGUCGAUCCAUGGCACAGUUUCGGGAUCUGUCGUCCAUUUAUGACAUGGACGAAGAGGGCGAUGAACGUAAUGCUCGUCGUAUUCUUGAACAGGAAGGUACUGCCAAGAGUUCACCUCUGAGGCGACCUCAGUUGGUACAGAACUGCCGUCGAACGAAGAGCGACGUGAAUUUAGCUGAAUGCCAAGGAACCGUGCCAUAUUUGGGAUCUUUUCUAACUGAUUUGACUAUGAUUGACCAAGGCACUCAGGAUUUCACAGAAGGUGAGUUUUUCAGUUAUUUCUUUACAAGUUGA